AUGUCGUACGAAAUGUCCCACAUGGGCCCUCGGGCCUUCAACCACGAGAACAGCACCGACGCCGAGGCGGAGUACGAUCGGCUCCGCGACCUGGCGCGCCAGGAGGCCUCCAAGCGCGGCCAAUGUUUCGCACAGUCCCAAGAAGCCUACUCGAACGGCGAUGGCGCCGGCGCCAAACAACUCUCCGAGGAGGGAAAGGCCCACGGCCGCAAGAUGGAGGCGUACAACAAGCAAGCGUCGGAGUUUAUUUUCCGUGAGAAUAACGCCAAUGGGCGCGUUGCGGACGAUACAAUUGACUUGCACGGCCAGUUCGUCGAGGAGGCGGAGGAUAUCCUGGAAGAGCGGAUUAAAUACGCCAAGUCGCAUGGACAGGACCAUCUCCAUGUUAUCGUCGGCAAGGGAAACCACUCCGCCAACCACGUUCAGAAAAUCAAGCCCCGCGUCGAGCAGGUGUGCCGUGAGUUGGGGCUGCAGUAUGCCACUGAGGAAAACGCCGGUCGCAUCUAUGUGAACUUGACCGGUGGGGAGGCUGUUAUGCCUUCUUCGAGUGGUCACCAUGGCUCGUCUGGGGAUUACCAGGGACAGCAGGGAUACCAGCAGGGACACCAGCAACAACAGCAACAGCAACAACCCGACGAGCUCGAGGAGCUUGCCAAGGAGCUGUUGCCCAAGGUCCUGCGCAAGCUCGAGAAGGCUUGCUGUGUGGUUAUGUGA